UUCAACUUCCCAGCACAUCCAUUACUUCACUGGCAUUGGAGCCUACUUCUUUGGGUCUCCAUUAAAUAUAGAAGACUGGUGGAGAUACCCAGCCUCAUGGGACUGAGCAGCUACUAGAUUUUUGGACUUUCGUUCAGUUAGCCAUUGUUGGGUUAUCUGGACUGCAGCCUGAAAUUUCAGCUUUAAGAAAGAAAAAAAUCCACAAUUGUAGCUGUUUGUUCUUUUCGCUAUUGUGUUGAUUCUAAAGUGCUUGACUAUUGACAUCGAGCAAGAUGAAUGAUUCAGAAACAAGAACUGGCCCAGGACACCAAAGGGUCACUGGGGAUUUCGCAGGUCAUGCCCUUCCUGGACUCCUAUUCUUUAUCAUGGCUUUUUGGUGGAGUAUGAAGAGUAUUCUGAAGUAUGUUUGUAAGCAUCAAAAGAGAGCUUCCUUCCUUAUUACCAAAAAUUUUUUCACUCGAGUAGAAAUUUUGGAGGGAAUUGUGCUUAUUGGCAUGGCAGCAACAGGAAUAAUUGGACUGUUUUCUGUGCUUAAAAAUGGAGGUCGGUAUUCAGAUAAAGAAUACCGGCUGAUUCAAAUCCUGCACUGGCAUCACGUUGUCAUGUACAGCUUCUUUGCAUUGCUAGGUGUGACCAAGAUUUUAUGCUUCACCAUUAGUUCACUUCCAGUCUCUUUGGUCAAGUUAAUGUUGUCAAAUGCCUUCCUUGUGGAGGCUUUCAUUUUCUUCAACCACAAUCAUGGCCGGAUGUUGGUGGAGAGCUUUGCACAUCAACUAGUGAGCUUUGCUGGACUUUUGGCGGGACUGGUUGCCUUUAUAGAAUUUCUCUCCACAAAGAACAAUGUGGCUCUGGAGCUCAUGAGGUCAAGUUUUAUGAUGCUACAGGGGAUGUGGUUUCUUCAGCUUGCUUUUAUCCUGUUUCCCAAAGAUAGAGCUCAUGAUUGGAACCUGGAAGAUCCCAGUAAUGUAUCACUUUUCGCCGUGUACUUUGGUUUUUAUUAUGCAGUGACCUAUGUCAUCAUUGGAAUUAAUUACGUUCUUAUUACCUGGUUCAUUAAGUGGAGACUUAGCAAGUCCUGCCUCUCAGACGUUCAACUUCUGAAAUAUCACGAACAGCAAGAAGAACCAGAAGAUGAUAUGUGAUUUUUGUGCCAAUUACUUAAUUCUCCAAGAAGAAAAGUUCACCAGAAGUCAUCCUAAACUUUCUAAGUAAUGGGGAUGUUCCCCAGUGUGUAUACUUUACAAAGCUAUGAGACUAGGUAAGAAGACUUAUGGCAGUAUCUGUAAGAGAAAACUACCACAGCACUGAAUGCCACCGUAUACCUACCCCGUUAAAGCACGUGAAGGGUUAACACAUGAAAGACCUCUCUUGAUAUACUAGUAGCCAUCUUUACCUUAUAGGGCAAAGAUUUUUCUGGUGUGGUCCCUAUGAGGAAGUCCUCACCCAUAAUCUGUAAAUAAGACCAAUAAACUCACCGGUUUCCCCAGGGUACACUUUGGUGGAAUAGUACUUUGGUUUCCUUGGUUUGUUAUUCGGUGGCUUAUCAGAUGCUCUUUAUAUUUUCUCAGGGAAGAACAUUUAAUCUCUGAACACAAGCAAGAUGCAUGCCAGCGAGUUUUUAGAACAGCAAUUGGUUCUGUCUAAGAAUGUCAUUAGAUCCAGGGUUCUUCAUACUCUUGGUUGGCCAACAAAAAAAUUUGAUAGUAGGCUGAUUGGAACACAAACAAACAAACAAACAAAUAAGCAAGCAAACAAAGAUUUACCAUAGCUAAAGACAGCAAAAUUAGUCCCAAUACAAAAUUUAUUGCAUUGAGAGAGCUAUUAACACUCCAAAUAUAGGGUCAUACUAAUUUAUGACAGAGGUGAUUGAGAAGUCAAGAGUGGUAUAGCUGUAGUCCAUGAACACUUAUGAAGUGGGCAGCCCUGAUUGAGCUUGGGCUUGUUAUUUAUACUUUUUCCCUCUUUUUAUUUUAAAACUUCACUUUACAUUACAAUAACACCCUUCUUUCUUUCCCCCUGAGUCCCCUCGUAUAUACCCUCCCUCGUAAUCCCCUCCCUUCUUCUCCAAGGAUGGGAUAGCCCCCCCCACAAUGGGUACUAACCUGCCCUGGCACAUCAAGUUAUUGCAGGACUAGGAACAUCCUCUCCCACUUAGGCCAGGCAAGGCGGUAUAGUUAGGGGAAUGGGGUUCACAGCCAAGCAACUGAGUCUGGAACAGUCCCUACUCUAGUUGUUCAGGGGCCUAGGUUGCUAGUGGCUGCAAGAGCACCAAGCUGCACAUCUGCUACAUGUGUGUAGGGGCCUAGGUUUAGCCCAUGCAUGCUCCUUGGUUGAUGUUUCAGUCUCUGUGAGUUCCCAAGAGCCCAGAUUGGUUGACUCUGUUGGUCUUCUUGUGGAGUUCUUGUGCCUUUCAGGUUCCUUAAAUCUUCCCCCAACUCUCCCUCAAGUACUCUCAGAGCUCCAUCUAAUGUUUGACUGUGGGUCUCUGCAUUUGUUUCAAUCAUCUGCUGGGUGGAGCCUAUUGGAGGACAGUCAAGCUAGGCUCCUGUCUGAAAGCAUAGGAGAGUAUCAUUGAUAGUGUCAAGAAUUGGUUCACCCCAUGGGAUGAGUCUCAAUUUGGGUUAGUCAUUGGCUGGCCAUUUCCUCAGUCUCUGCUUCAAUUUUUAAAUCAAAAGUUUUGUGGGUUGAUUGGGUUCAUUAUCCACAGACUGGGAGUCCUGCCUGGCUGCUUCAGGCUCUAUGUCCUCCACUGCUAGGAGUCUCUGCUGGGCUCACCACCAUGAACGCCUUGGGGCCUCUCCUCCCCAUCCUGGGUCUCUGGCAUGUUCUAGAGAUGUUUCCUCCCCCACUCCCUGUUUUCCAUUCUCUCUCCUAGUCCUCUCUCCCCUACUCUUCCUAUACUUAUUCUCUCCCUCAUAUCUCCCAUUUCCCUCUGCAUACCCUCUACCCCCAGUUCCAUCUCUCCAACUACCUCAGAUGUCUAUUUUAUUUAUUUCUCCUUUUAAGUGUGAUUCAAGCAUUCUUUCUUGGACCCUCCUUGUUACUUAGGUCCUUUGGGUCUGUGAAAUGUAGCAUGGUUUUCCUAUACAUUAUGGCUGACAUCCACGUAUAAGUGAUACAUACCAUGCAUGUCCUUUUUGUGUCUGAGUUGUUUCUGAAGAAAGGAAUCGAAGAAGAUAUCAGAAGAUUGAAAGAUCUCCUGUGCUCAAAGAUUGGUAGGAUUAACAUAAUGAAAAUGGCCAUCCUGCCAAAUGCAAUCUACAGAUUCAAUGCAAUUCCCAUCAAAAUACCAACACAAUUUUUACAGACCUUAAAAGAAAAAUUUUCAACUUCAUAUGAAAAAACAAAAAACUAGAAUUGCCAAAACGAUUCUUUACAUCAACAGAUAGACUGGAGGUAUCUCCAUCCCUGAUCUCAAGCUGUACUACAGAGCAAUAGUAAUAAAAACUGAAUGGUAACUGACAUAGAAAUAGAAUGGUGGAUCAAUGCAAUUGAAUAGAAGACUCAGAAAUAAACCCACACUCCUACAGAUACUUGAGUUUUGACAAAGAAGCCAAAACCAUACAAUGGAAAAAAGAGAGCAUCAUCAACAAAGGGUUACCUCAUCAAGAUGAUAGUUUUAGUUCCAUCUAUUUGCCUGCAAAUUUUAUGAUGUACCCCCCUUUUUUCCCCAUGUAGGAUUCCAUUGUAAAUGCACCACAUUUUCUUUAUACGUUCUUUGGUUGUAGGAUAUCUGGGUGGUUUCUAGUUUCUGGUUCUAUUGAAUAAAUCUUCUAUGAACAUAGCUGAGCAAUUGUUCUUGUGGUAUGGUGGAGCAUCUUUUGGGUAUAUGCCCAAGAGUGGUAGAGCUGGGUCUUGAGGUAGUUAUUUUUAAUUUUCUGAGGAGCCACCAAACAUAUUUUUAUUAUUUUUCUAUGGAUAUUAUUUUGUUUUUCUUAGUACUAUCUUACCAUUUGAAAGAAAGGAAACUAAAUAAAAAUGAUCACUGAACAAAAGCAUACUGAAAACUUAGUGGAAAACUCAUGCAAAUUCAGAAAGUAUUUUCCAUGAUUAUCAUAGAAGAAUUAUCUUAUUUCAUGGUUGGCUGCCUGACAGGAACUCUGCUUUUUCAGAAUUUCACCGCUGCUUCUCACCUCAUCCAUUCUAGACCUUCAGGGUACCUUUACAUGCAGAUUCUCACGCCCUCUUUGCCUUCACAUUGGAAGACACUGACACGGCAACAGUCUCAGCUUACUUGGAUUGCCCUCACCCAGAAAGUCUGAGGUAGCUCUCACUUCUUCAUCAAGGCUCUGGCCAUUGACCUUCUCUUUUUAGACCUUAUGGUGCCACUUAUGAUGAAUUAGCUCACUAUAAUACCAUUUCAAGGUUAAAUUUACUAUCCCAGACGUAUCUUACAUACCACUUUCACAUAUGUAAUUUGUGAAAAAGCAUUGCUUUCAAAUGUAUGUGUGACUUUCUUCAUUUUUUAAAUCUUUUUCUUUUGUUUUAUUGUCUUUAUACUCAUAAAGAGAGAGAGCACACUGUGUUUGCUUUCAUAAUGUUGAGGGUGGUGGAAUGUGAUUAUGCCCUUGGGUAUUUAUAGCAGUUCAGAAUUAAAGGUUAUUUUUUCCCAUAGAAUUUUAUCUGACAAUUUUAUCAUCUUUGAUUGUAAAAGAAUGGCACUAAGUGAUUUAUGACAACCAAUGCCCACAUUGGUGACUUAAUGGGACAAAACUUCUAAAGCAUUUUCUGACUAUCAACAACAA